GAAAAAUAUUAAAUUAAUUAAUAAAUCAUAGUUUACAAAAAUAAAUGUGCAAGUAUUAAUUUAAUUAUGUUUAUGUAAACAUUCAUUGUAUUUUAAUAUAAUUAAAGUCGAAUUAACUAAAUGUGCUGCAAAGUUUUUAUUAGUUAGCAAUCAACAUGAAAAAACUGUUUUCAAAAAUUGAGACAAAAAUCGACAAUACUUCUAGGGAAGCAAAUAAUUUUAUAGGCAAGGUAUUUACUGUAGGAAGACAUACAGUCACUGUAGAAGAUGUAUUAGCUGAAGGUGGGUUUGCAAUAGUCUAUUUAGUCAAGUCCAAUAGUGGCACCAGAUAUGCACUCAAACGGAUGUAUGUCAAUAAUGAGCCAGACCUCAAUGUCUGCAAACGAGAAAUUCAAAUAGCUAGCAGCCUGAGCGGGCACAAGAACAUCAUAGGCUAUGUGGACUCGAGUUUGACAGCUACUGGCGGUGGGGUGCACGAGGUGCUCCUUCUGAUGCCGUAUUGUCAGGAGAACGUGCUGGGGAUGAUGCGCGCGCGGGUCAAGGCGAACUUCACCGAGCACGAAGUGAUGUCGAUAUUCUGUGAUACGUGUGAGGCCGUCUCACGGUUGCACCACUGCAAGACGCCCAUCAUACACCGUGAUCUUAAGGUAGAAAAUAUUUUGGUAGGAGAAAAUGGCAAUUACGUAAUUUGUGAUUUCGGUUCGGCCACCGCGAGAAUUUUGAAUCCCGCCGAAAAAGGUGUGGCGACUGUCGAGGAAGAAAUCAAGAGAUACACGACGUUAAGCUACAGGGCGCCUGAAAUGGUCGAUAUGUAUUCGGGAAAAGUGAUAUCUACGAAAGCGGACAUUUGGGCUUUGGGAUGCCUUUUAUACAAGUUAUGUUUUUUCGCUCUUCCCUUUGGGGAAAGCACUCUGGCUAUUCAAAGUGGCAAUUUUAGCAUUCCAGAUGGUUCCAAGUAUUCUAAGGGAGUUCAUCAGUUAAUAAGAUAUAUGUUAGAGCCUGAUCCUGACAUGAGACCAGAUAUUUUCCAAGUGAGCUGUGUAGCUUUCCAAGUAGCGAGAAAAGAAAAUCCCGUCAAAAAUUUAAUGAAAACGCCGGUGCCUGUGCUAGAAGAUCUCAUCGUCCCACCUUUAGAAUCCGAGCUAAAGAAAACUCAAGUAAAAGUAGUGAGCAAAACGCCAACCAUCCCCAUCGUAGAAGGAACGAGCGUGAUGCCGCGCCAACGGCCGAAAGCCAGUUCCACCACCCCCCUCACCAUCCAGAGCAUCCCCCUGACAAUCUGCCCGAGUCCCACCCUCGCCGCCAAAAAAUCCCAAUCGCCCGUCACCUCCGCCGCGCAAAAUUUCCAAGGUACCGCCCCCGCGUUCCCGCCGCCGCCGCUUUUCCCGCCGCCUCCCGCUGAAAAACGCCUCGAUUCCCUGUUUCAGUCUUCCGUGUAUCCGGACCCUUUCAGGGACGAGGGGGCGUCUCCCGGCGCGGAAUCGGAGGAGCCGCCGCAAGGACCCGCUUCGGUCGGCCUCGUUUCUCCCGAGGCGGCAGAAAGCCCGGUUUUGUUCGGUUCGGGUAACGUAGCGAGGAGCGGGGUUUCCGCAGGGGGCUCUCCCCCCUCCACGCCUACGCUGGCCGUCCCGAAGGGCCACAGGAGAAACAUGAGCGACACCAGUGCUUUUAACAAGGUUUAUACUACCGAAACAACUCAAUUCUUGGCGCCUUACGAAUCGUCUAAGCCGCGCAGCAGCGCCGAUUCGCCCACCCUUCAAGGUUCGGGCGACGUCGUGCGCGCCCGAGUGCCGAUCGGCUCGUCGGUCUCCACGACCGACGUGAGCCACGCCGUCGGCUCCGACGGCCGCUCUCUGUCGGCCGACGUGGCCGACUGGAACCCCUUCGAGGAACCGCCUUUCGGACAGAUGACGGAGGAUCACAUUUUCGGCGCCGAGUUCGACAAAAUACGCAGGGGCAGCCAAAGUAGUAUUCAAGGCGUAAAGUCGCGCGAGUCGCUGGUGAUGUCCGUUUCCGAAGACCCGUUCGGGUGCGCCCCGUUCAGUCUUCCGGUGAGGCGCGGCGACAGGGCUGCCAACUCCGCCAAGACGGGCCUUCAGUCCACAGCUACUCCUGUGUACAGAACAAACAUACCGGAACCGCUGAUAGAAGAGGAAACCACAACUUCGUUCAAUUAUUCGCCUGAACCGUCCAACUUGACUUUUUCAGAGGGUGAUGUCCCUCUAAUAACGGACACAGAAGCCGAGUCCAAUAACGCAAUAUCGCCUCCAUACGUUAAGGCCCCUUUGGAGGACAGAUCCAAGUACGAAAAGUUGAUACCUGUUGCUUACAUCACAACGGACAGCAGUGGUGAUGAGCAGGAACCCAACCGUAACUUCGAUAGGAGUAAGAAAAAGCGCAAAAUACACUUCCCGGAAAAAAUUCUGAAAACCGUCGAAAUACCCAUUGUAAAAACGUUUACCAAAGAGAAAAAAACCAAGAAGAAGAAGGCUAAAACGGACGAAAACAACGUAGGCGGGGUGGAUUCCGACGAUUCCAUCGGUUCCGCUAGUGACUUGCGCGUGGAUGACGACGAAGUCGAACAGCCUGCCAAGAAAAACGAGGCUGUAAGCGAAACGAUAAGCGAGAGCAUAAAAACUUGCGGUUCUUCCGCUUAUCACGCGGAGUGCGAAAGUUUGGCGACAAGGGACGAUGAUUAUACUAGCAGGAAAAUAAGGGCGCUUAGAAAGGAGGAAGCUAAGAAAACCGCCGAGGUUAUAACUGAAGAUUUGCUAUUUGUUGGGCAUCAGUACGGGGAAAAACCGCUGUUGAUGGACGAUGAGUUGGAUAGCGAUUGCGGGGAAACCGUUGAGAACGAGUGGGAUAAAAAGGAUGCCAAGGAGUUGUGGAUUAAACCGUCCAGUAGUUUCGAAGAUGAAAGCGAUGUAUUCGCGAUGGCGCCGUUCGCUAAAUCAAAAAAAGCGAAGCAAGUUUUCUCCCCCACAACAAGCACCGCGGAAACUGUAGUGGAAGUAAAAAACGACUUUAGCCCCGUUUUCUCGUCGAGAAAAAGUAGUGUAACAAGCACGUCCAACAACCCAUUUUUGACGCCGGAGUUUCCCAUUCAAGAAACCACCCCGUUCGGAAAAGUCAUCGUCACUUCGAACUUUAUUAACAUAGAAUUACCAUCGACUCCCUCCUCCGAGUUUAAAGUGACCACUUUCGAGUCGAAUUUCGACCCCGUCGCGUUCAUAUCCGACAAAAAGGAAGUUAUAUACGAAAACGUUAACCUCCCCGAAGUAAACCAUUUUGACGAUAGUUUCAGUUCGCCAAAACACAUCGAGGUUACUUAUCAGGAAUUUUCCGCCGAUUUGGCGGAAAAUUACGUGCCCAACGACAUCGUUCGUUCCGAGUCGCAGGAAAUCGCGCACAAACACAAAAAGGACAAGAAGAAGGAAAAAUCAAAGUACCAAUUAAUCGACGAGAGUAUUUCGGACGACAGCCCGAGUUACUCGAACAAAAUAAAAAUCGCCAGCUCGCAGAAAACGGGAAAACCGGGGAAGUACAAGAAACCGAGCAAGCACAAGUCCGAGGGCGGUUUCAGCAACAUGAGCUUCGAGGAUUUCCCUUCCGACGAUCAAAAUAUCGUCGACAGGCCUGUGAUGCCGUUCGAAGUGGUGCGAACUCCCGAACAAGAAGAGAAAAAAUACGUACCCAAGAGGAUAGGCAACCCGUUCUCCUGAGGUAUGCACGCCAAAAACAAAAUUUUGUACGAGAGCAUCUGAUUGAAAGAAAUUAUUCGAGCACAUUUAGUAAUUUUUAUCGUGUCUAUGUAGGGUUUUAAAGUUUCGAAAAAAACCGGAAGAAUUGGGGAAAUAACCUGUUUUUCCCGUUUUUUCCCAGGCCUUGGAAAGAUUGGCUUUUUGGGAAAAAAUUAUUUUUUUUCUGAAAAUAUACAAAGCAAACAACAACUUAACAUUAAUUUAAUUUAAAAAAAAAUUCUCAAGGAUAAUAAAUUUAUUACAGAAAAAAAAAAAAAAAAACUAAACAUUAAAUUGAAAUGAAUUGAUUUAAGAAAAUAAACGUAAACGUUAAAUAUACUUUCGGUUGGGAUAUUUUUGCAAACGGGAGGUCAUUGAAAAUAUCCUUUUAGAAAAAAAAGAAUUUAUUUUUUUGCGGUAGAAGAUUCUUACUGAAUUAUAAUUUUAGUGUACAGUAGACUGGGCCAAAAAAAUCGACUAUUUUUUUUUGAAACUAUAUCGAAAAUAUUGUUUGGGGUGACAAAAACAAUUAUAGUGAAAGUUUGAGUCCAUAAUAUUAAUAUUAAAAGGUCUAUCAUCGCAAUUUUAGAUUUUUUUUUCCUGAGCGAGUUUUUGUCUCAGAACUCCCAAAUCAUUGAGUUUAACAAAAUUGACUUAGGAAUAUUUUUUGAAGAAAAUUAAAUGCUCCACAAAAAAGGUUUGAUUGGAAUUUUCCGUCAGAUGAACCCUUUUCUUACAAUCAUGCCUUAAAAAUUGGUUUGGUUUUACAAUUUGAUCUUUUAACUUUGGAAUUUUGUAAUUGAAGUAAAAAUCAGUACCCUGAAAAAAACCGAUAAAUAUUCUUAUGGGAAAUCAAAUGCUCUACAAAAAAAGUCUUUUAUCAUUUUUGGCUAAAUUUACCCCAUCAAAAGUUAUUCAAGGUUAAAUUUGAAGUCAAAACGAAAUUUUAACCUUGAAUAACUUUUGAUUCAGUGAAUUUAGCCAAAAAUGUUAAGAGGCUUUUUUGUAAAGCAUUUGAUUUCCCAUACGAAUAUUUAUCGGUUUUUUAUGGGUACUGAUUUUUACAUGAGUUACAAAAUUCCAAUUUAAAAGAUCAAAAUGUAAAACUAUACCAAUUUUUAAGGCAUGAUUUUAAGGAAACGGUUCAUCUGACGGAAAAUUUCACUUUAACCUUUUUUGUAGAGCAUUUAAUUUUCUUUAAAAAAUAUUUUCAAGUCAAUUUUGUUAAACUCAAUGAUUUGGG